UGGUUGUGAUAUGAAAACAACUUUAGUCCCUUCCUCGAAAUUUCAGCUGAAAGAGUAAUAACUUCUCACACAUGAAGUAAAAAAUGGUUGGUUUCAGUAUCACUCCAUCUUUGAAAUUAAUCCUUACACAUUUGACACAACAUGGCACAUAUUCUAAUCCAAACAUGGAGAUGGAUGAUGCAGCCAAAAGUGUGGAGAUUUGUGGGCUUUGCUUCAUCUGCUAUUGGACUGCUUUGUUAUGCUCUAAGCUCUUCCUUCAACUAUCUCUUUGGAGACUGGAAUCUGCUGAAGAUAAUCCUCUACAGCAUUUUCAGCUUCAUCAUCAGCUUGGUGGUUUUGUUUGCAAGGAUGUGGCAAAACUCGAGAAGUCUUCGGUUCAAAGCUCAUGCUGCGUUUUUGGUAUUGACAAUCACCUCAUUAUAUUCAUUUUUCUUUGAUAAAGUAGUUAAUGGAAAACCAGAUGCAUAUAGCCUCAUUUCAUGUGCUUCCUUUUCUAUCAUGUUAAUGAGUUUGUCACGGCAAACUCAAUGCGGAUUUGAAGUCGAUUUUCUUUACUUUUUUCUCGGAUGUUUAAUUGUGCAACUCAUGAAGAUUAAAUUGCAGUUAUUCAUUGUUGGAGCAGGUUUUAGCUACUUUGUUAUUAUACUUCGUUCUUCUUUCUCGUCUAUAGAUUUUGUUAUAGAUAAUGAACAUCCUACUGGUUUAGAAAAUGAAAGUAGGAUCGUUAUUGAAGUCCAUUUACAAUCACCACAGUUGGGCAGUACAGAUAUUGGUAGUAGUAUGGUGGAACAACUUUCUAAUUACAUGAAGGCACUUCAGGAAGAAAAUUCAAAUCUCAUCGAAAUGCUUUUGGAGAAGUUGAAAGAAUACUGUAAUGAUGAUUCUAGAUUUAAUGUGUCUGACCCCGACUUAAUGAUCAAGGCCUUGCCAACUGAAACAGUGGACAACAUUCAUAAAACUGCGAAGUUGAUGGUUAGUGCCGGGUUUGAGAAGCACUUCUCGGACAUGUAUAUCAGUUGCAGGAGAGAAUGUUUGGUAGAAAGCUUAUCAAGAUUAGGGCUCAAGAAACACAAUGUUGAAGAUGUUCAGAUGUUGUCAUGGAAGGAACUUGAAGAAGAGAUUGAAAGAUGGAUUAAAACAUCCAACGUGGCUUUGAAGAUAUUAUUUCCCACUGAACGGAAACUUUGUGAUCGGGUUUUAUUUGGGUUCUCCUCCACUGCUGAUUUAUCCUUCACGGAUGUUUGCAGGGAAUCCACACUUCAGCUGCUGAAUUUUGCCGAUGCUAUUGCUAAUGGAAGCCGAUCACCUGAGCGGCUGUUUAGAGUCAUUGACAUGUUUGAAACAUUGUGUGAUUUAAUUCCUGAGUUUAAAUCCGUGUUUCGUGAUCAAUACACUGGGUCGCUGCAAAACAAAGCAACAACAAUUUGGAAGAGAUUGGGGGAAGCAGUUGGAGGCAUUUUCAAGGAGUUGGCGAAUUUGAUUCGCCAAGAUCCGGCAAAGGCAGCAGUUCCCGCUGUUGGACUUCACCCGAUUACCCAUUACGUGAUGAACUACCUUCAUGCUGAUUGUCAGUCACGGAAGGUGCUGGAGCGAGAGUUUGAAGAAGAUUAUGGGUAUCCGUUGAACGAAUAUCCAAAAAUUGAGGAUAGAGUGCAUUCCACUUCCUCUCUAUCAGUGAAGAUGGGUUUGAUUAUGGAGCUAUUAGAGAGCAGUUUGGAAGCCAAAUCCAAAAUCUACGAGGACCCUACUUCAGUGCUAUGUUUUCCAGAUGAAUUACAGCAGGUACAGUGCUCAAAAGGCUGAAGAUAUUUGGGUUUCUGAAGUUGGAGAAAAAUGGAUCAAUUUCACAUAAUGGAGUCACUAAGUCAGUGAAAGAGAAGCUAAAAUCAUUCAACGUUGUUUUUGAUGAUUUAUGCUGGGUCCCAUCUUCGUAGUUUGUCUUUGAUCAGCAGUUGAGGUGAAGAAAUAAGAAUUUCGGUUGAGAAACUAUUGUUGCCGGCAUAUGCAAACUUUGUUGAGAAGUUUCAGAGGGUUCUUGAACUUGGUAAGCAUGCUGAUAAACAUAUCAAAUAUGGAAUAAAGGAUACCAAAGUUAGACUCUGAGUAUUUGUUUUAGGGAACCAGUGGAUCAACGGGUAGCCGAAAGUGAAGCUAAACAUGUAUGUUAAUGUUUGUGUAUUUGUUGUGUAUUUGUAAUACAAGUUUUUAUUUUCACAAAAUUAGUUGUAAAAUAUGUAUGACCUUCUAUUACUAUAACAAUACUACUCUAUGUUUUUCUGUUUAGUAUGCAUCAUGGAGGAUUGAAAAUAAUUUUUGAAGUUACAAAAUUAGCACUUGUUGUAAGUUGUAACAAUGAGUUGGUUCUUAUUGGUUAUUGCUUUCUAUGGA